UCCCUCGCGCGACCCCGUCGCCCCGCCACGCCCCCUUCCCGGAAGUGCGCGGGUAAGAGCGGAAGUGCACGCCGACAGCGGCCUGUAGCGGUUCCGCAAUGGUGGGCGGCGGCGGGGUAGGGGGCGGCCUCCUGGAGAACGCUAACCCCCUCAUCUACGAGCGCUCUGGGGAGCGGCCGGUGACCGCGGGCGAGGAGGACGAGCAGGUUCCAGACAGCAUCGACGCGCGCGAGAUCUUCGAUCUGAUUCGCUCCAUCAAUGACCCGGAGCAUCCACUGACGCUGGAAGAAUUGAACGUAGUAGAGCAAGUGCGGGUUCAGGUGAGUGACCCCGACAGCACAGUGGCCGUGGCCUUCACACCCACUAUUCCACACUGCAGCAUGGCCACUCUUAUUGGCCUAUCCAUCAAAGUCAAGCUUCUGCGAUCCCUUCCCCAGCGUUUCAAGAUGGACGUGCACAUUACACCUGGGACCCAUGCCUCGGAGCAUGCAGUGAACAAGCAGCUUGCGGAUAAGGAGCGAGUGGCAGCUGCCCUGGAGAACACCCACCUACUGGAGGUCGUGAACCAGUGUCUGUCGGCCCGCUCCUGAGCCUGCCUUUUCGCUCCCAGCCCCGCCCAGGGCUCAUGGCCUUGUUUUCUUGAAUCACUGAAAAUGAGAAACUAACAUUUUGCAUUUUGUAAUAAACCCUUAAUUUAUAUUCAUUU